AUAAAACCGUGACCGGGGUCACGGCGCGAUACCAACAGGUGAUGCCGAAGGAGGAGGACACUCCCUCGAGCGGCAUCUCUUCGAGAAUCUCCCCCGGGUCCCGCUGCCGCCGACGACGGUGAUUUAGUACUGUUCUCUUGCUCUCUCUCUCUCUCUCUCAAACCUUUCUCAUCGUUUGUCCUAUACUCUAUACGGAUAUACGGAUUGCCGACAACCGCGUCAGGACCAUCUACUACACGGGACCUACCAGGAUAAACGCGUGGAGAUCGGAUCAUCUCACGCCGUGUCAGUGGAAUACGGGAUGAAAAUCGAGCAAGAGAGAUACCUUGAGGAGAGACUAGUGGCGAAAGUUUCGAUCGGUCGAUGAUUUAGUGGGCAGACCAUUUACAGUGCUUCCCGCGAUUCUCACGAAGCAGUUUUUUCUCGUACAUUUGUUCUCCUCGCGAGGAGAUACAUCGAAAUACUCGGGAUGUAGUUACGCAAGUUAACACGAGCGCGGGAUCGACUUGCGACGUGCAAUGAUCGAGUGUUCUCUUACACCCACUGGAUUUUCGCAAGAACCAGAACCUGCGGUACGACACUGAGGCCUAAGGAUCUGGAAUACGUGAGGUAUGCCACAAGGAAGCAUCCAAUGGCAGGGGACGCAGAGGAGAGCCUGCGGGCCUGGGGCUCAUUGGAAUGUGCAGGUGGUGAGAGGCAAGGUGACAACGCGGUGCUUGUGGCACGCCUGCAAAGCACUCGGAAUUGGGCUGCUGUUAAUGCUUUUAGGAGCUUGCAUGGCGACGAUAGGAUAUUACGCGGAUCAGCUAUCAGUGGCGCAGGAAAUCAGAGGUAAUAUCACAGUAAAAGUGAAGAACGAAUCGCGUGGGUUUCAUCUGAAUAAUCUGAGUUAUGCUGGUCCCGUCGUUAUGGGUCUGGGAGGCUUCAUUGUAGUAGCAGCCUGCGUGAUGACUUUCGAGGCACGUGAUAGCGCAGCCAAAGUGGUACCAGCUCGUUAUCGGUUUAAUCAAGCGUCGACACUGAAAAGCUCAAAGAGUCAACGCAACAGAAGGUCGACGUCGAGCCAGACGACAAAAUGGGAUCAUCAGCUGGGCGUGUUUAGGGUGAACCGCAGUCCGAGUCCGAGUACGCACGAAGUCUCCAGGAAACAGCUGACGGCAGAGUUUAUGCAAUUCUCGAAAGACCUGCAAGAAAAAGGCGUAGCGCAUUCCAUAAAGAAAAGUCCGAGUGCACCGACGUUGAUCGACAAGAAGUCACCACGACGAAGGUCGCCUAAAUACGCGGGUUGCUCGCUGUUGAAUCCCGAAUUACUGCAGAGACACGCUCUUUCGGUCGACAAUCCGAGUUACAGCCCGCAUCAGAUUAGCAGAGAGAGUCUAGAGCAUCAGAAGAUGAACGGUAGCCAAGUAUCAAUGGCGAUGGAUCUGCACAUUCCGAAUAAAGGUCCCGUUACGCUCAAAGUGAAGGACCGAUCCGAUACAGCGAGACGUCAUCAGUUGCUUCGUCAAACAAAAGUAGAAGACGUCGAGGAAGUGGACGAAGCUACGCGUCCACCACCGACCCUCGUGCACUCGCCUAAAUUGCCAGGUGCCUAUUGCAGAUAUCCGGACGACUUUGUGCCAAGGAAAAGAAAUUCGAUAGACCUGAGAUUGUUGGAGGAAUUGACGGCGGUAUCGAAAGAGUUGGGUAAGGCCUCACCGCGAGACUUCCGCAAAAUCUCAUCGCCAAACUUCCGUAAAAUGUCCUUCGACAGGAUCGGCUGUGAUCGUCGUUUCGACAGGACGAUGGGACAUCGGAAAGCUAGUCUCGAAUUCCGAAGAAGCCCGGAUUUUCGCAGAGGGGACUACAGGAAGCUCUCGGUAGACAGAUUCAGCAGCGUCGACUGUACUCGGUACACGCUUUCGGACGAAACGGAGAUAAAGUCACGAACGAGCAGCGGCGAAAACUUGCGAAGACAAUCACGUCAUCCUAAACUACACCAUUCGAGAUCGGACGACAACAGGAGACGAUCGUUCGACAAGCAUCCGAAGGAUCCUCAGUCGAGUCGACACUCGUUGAAUACUCAGACCAUGGUGGAAGGUUCCGGGUCCGAUUUCGAGCCAAAGUAUUUUACAACCGUGUCUCUCGAUACCGAGGAGAGCCGCGCCGAUAAUUCCGACGAAAGUCACGCAAUAGACAUCGAAGACGCGAAUCCUUUGUCGUCCGAGGGACCUACGGAAGCAGACAUGCUCCUCGAGGAACCGGAACUGGAAAACGUUACGGAAAUCGAUGUGGAAGAUUCGGGAGAUGAUCUCGAUGAUCUCGUUGGAAAGUGCGAAUCGCACGGAUCCACGAGUGAGAAGAGCGAUGCAACGUUACCGAUGCGACGACAAAAUCCCGUAAUCGUUACCGCGGACGUGGAUUCGCACGCAACCUGUGACGAAAAAGCAGCACGGAUUUCGGCACAGAUCAAUGACGAGAAAUGCGAAACGACUUUGUACGUAGAAGAUGAUGAGGUGUGAACGAGUCCUUUGUAUUUGAGUAUGAAUGCAACGCGUCUCAACAACGGAUCAUCCCUGAAAAGAUGACGACAUUCGCGACGUAGGAGGAUCGAUGGUGUUCAACGUUACGGCGACUCGGCGAAAAGCAUGUCGAAUGUAUAAUUGGACGUCUCGCGUUCCGACCUAGGUUCUGUCGACCGAUCACGAUUGUCUUUGGAUACGACGUUAAACAUACGUUACGUCGUGAAACAUGCUCAACGACUUAAGAUUUAACACACGGCAUAAAUAAUAAUGAGAUCAUGUACGAAUUGCGUUUUGUAACGAGACAAUCAUUUUUUAUGACUCACGUUAACCCUUCGUACCGAGGUAACGAGCGUGUAACAUUUGCCACAUUGUUGACAAAUAAUUGUUACCAACAAAUUUUGACGUAGCACAUAGACGGUAAUAGACCUAACGUGAAGUAAGAUCCAAGUAGAAAUGCAUAUGUGAUUGAUUGUAUCAAAAAGAGAUUUUUGUACUUGUAUUAAUGGGAAAUCUAAGCUGUUGCAAAUAUUUCUGAGUGGUAAUUUAAUUUUGUGACAUUUUCAAAGUACAUCAGUAGAUGAAAGAGAGAGUAUAAUUCUUCGAUCUUCAAACAUGUGUAUGGAAACUGAACGUUUAUGGAUCUCAGGUCUCUUUCGAUCUGUUGUUAAUGCGUUUGCCGCGUGUGUACGCAAAAUUGCGGCCUAUUCCGUGUUUCUUCGUUAGACACGUAACCGGCACAAGAUUACGAAUCGUAUACGAAUUUAAUAAGUGCGGCGAAUUCAAUCUCUCGAUACAUGCGAUACACCCAAUGAAGGAUGAAAAUAUAAAGCGAGAUGUAUCAAUUUUAAUCGUAUCGAGCAAAACACCUGUUCUUAACUAAGACGAUGCAGCCUGCGCGUGUAAUAUAUUUUUAUAUCCCAGCGAUGUAAUAUUUCAUAAAUAUGCAACAUUAAUUAUACAUAUUGACCAUCACUCAUUAUCGACGAAAAGGCAGAGAGAGAGAGAGGGGGGGGGGGGGAGGAAAGGAUCGUUUAUUAUGGCGUAUAUCGCCAUAAUAAAAAUAUUCCAAUUAAGAAUUUAAUUUUAUAUAUACCUAUAUUUAUAUUUAAAAAAAUCCGUUAUAAUAAAAUUAAGGGAAAUAUAAAAUUAUGUAUGAAAGCCUGAUUGUUUGGAUCAUUACAGUUGAGUGAUUGAAUCGUUAUAUUCAUGAAAACUUAAUGCGAAAAAUUAAAAAAAAUGCAAAUGCGUUUAUAUCAGAGGAUAAAUGCAGUCAUUACGUUAUAUUGUUAACAUACCGUAAAUUUACAAAUUCAAUGUCAAUAGGCACAUUUUGAAAUAAUAAUAUGAUUUUUUCUUAAUUAAUGGUAUGCUAUUUUUCUAUCGGGAAUAAAACCAAGUACGUAUUGCGUACGUCAUAACGUAUGAAACUGCAAACGGAAAUUCAUCAAUGUCUUUCAUAGCUUUUUAACCCCACCGUUUAAAAGACGGCUUACGUAAGUCGCCAGUUAAAUCGCGGUUUUACAUAGCAAAAUGUUAAAUUUGAUCUAUGAUUAUUAUUCUCCGUAGUGAAUACACACAAACGUAUAAAGUAAUAAAAUAUCAUAAUACAUAAAUGAUAUUUAACGGAGUAAACAUAAUCGAACUGUGAUCAAGAUAUUAUAUUCGAUAAGAAGCACUAAAUAAUGUUUCUUGCAAAUGUGAUCUUCGAUCGAGCGUUAUCUCAAAUCGAAGAAAUAGAUAGGCAAAUGAUUAAAUAAAGAAUUGUCAAAAUUUAUAUAUAACUCGAUAUUGAGAAUACCCUCACGUAAGAAGAAAUGAAACGUACUUUUCUUCCGCACUCGAUUGUAUCAAAGAAUUUUGUUAACAAGGCCAAUUCUCUGUCUCUAAAAGACAUAUUAAAUGUAUUAUAUAUUCUACUUGCGUUAAAGAUAUGCAAUGUGCAAUGUGUACAUAUUAUUACCUACAUUAUGUAGAUCCACAUAAUUUAAAAGAAUUAUUCUGUAUUUAUCUGUAUUGAUGAGUAUUUUCUGAAAAGAGUCUCCAUUUGCUAAAACUUUCACGAUCAUUUAAUCAUUGCGUUAAUGGAAAAUCUAGACGGUGAUAAACAAUAUUUCUUUGCAAUCGAAUACUCUGAGAUACAAUGUGAAUUUUUUCGAUAAAUUUAACGACACUUUUUGCAGCACUGCACACAACACGUAUCUCUAGAGCUGAAAAUGUUCCGCAUAGAUUGCGGUCAAUUCUACUUUGUACAUACUUGAUGAAAAUACUGAAACGUAUAAAAGUAUCAGUGUAAACCUCUUAAGUCGGUAUAAUCCUGCAUGCUAAUUGUUGUAGCAUAUCAAUAAAGGGAUAUUCCAGGACCA